AUGAGCAUAGCCAGCAGUGCGCCCGACCAGCGCCAGCUCCGCCUGAUUGCCGCGGCGGCGCAAGCCAACGAAGCCAGAGUACGUGAUAUCCUGGCUGAAGAGACGUCAUGGACCUCACAUACAGACCGCGACGCCUUGCGCCAAUCGCUCCAGAAGGUUGCCAAUCGAGGCAAGCUGUCCCUCGUGCGCCUCCUCCUCGAACACGGCGCCGACGUCAAUACCCGCCGCGAGAACGAAAUCCCCGCCCUCUACAAAGCCGCCGAGAAUGGACACGCUGCUGUGGUCGCCGAAUUGCUCUCACAUGGGGCUGAUCCGAAUUGGCGACACCGAAACGGCCAGACCGCGCUUUAUGGAACGUCGAUGCGGGGCCACAACGCUGUUGUCAAGCUACUACUGGAACAUGGUGCCAACGUAGACGGCCGAGAUGGAGAAGGGCACAUAGGUGAGCGGGACGGCAAGACACCACUGCUGUAUCUUGCGUCUGAAAAGCCUGGCAAAUGGACAAUGGAUACCCUAAAGAUACUGCUCGACAAGAACGCCGACAUCAAUGCGCGGGAUGAUAUUGGGCGGACGCCGCUCAUCUGGGCUGCCACUCGCGGCAACAUGCGCCUUGUGGAUGCUCUGCUGAAUGGAGAACUGGGCAAGAAAGCGGACAUAUCUGCCUCGAACAACCGUGGGCGCACAGCGUUACAUCUGGCCGCGGACAGUAGUCAUGAGGAGAUGGUCAAACUUCUCCUCGGUCAUGGUGCGAAUCCUCGCUUGAUCAGUGACGGUGGAUGGACGCCUCUUCACAACGCAGCGCAGAACGGGCAUGCUGGUAUUGUCUCCAUCUUGCUUGCAGCCAAUGCCAACGUGAAUUCGGAGCUCUCGAAUGGCAUGACGCCACUUCACUGGGCAGCAUUCAACGGGUAUGAGGAAGUGGUGAAGCUUCUUCUUGCAAAGCCAGAGACCAGCAUUGCUAUCAAAGACAGUUUUGAUCGAACUCCUAUGCUAUGUGCUGCAGAAAUGCGUCACAAGCAGAUUGUACAGCUCCUUUCACCGGCCAGAGCUGCUAGUCGAUUAUCUCCGGCAGCAGAGAGCGCAUGCAAAUCCUUCGAGGCCACGGUUGUCGAUUUUGGCGAUUUUCGUGAAGGUAGGAAACAACUCGUGUUCAAGCACUCGGUCUACGACCUAUUGUAUGGCUGGGACAAAGAUGUGGAUAAACCAACGAUCCCGAUCUUGCCUAAAAACAUCAAGUACCAACCGUCGUUCAGGUGGGUUCACCUUCCUGCUAAUAAUAUUGCCUGGAUUGAGGUACUCCAAGCCCCCUUCCCCUUGCAAUUCAUCCCCCUGACACAUCGAUAG